UUCUGAUAUGUUUAUCGAGGCGAGUCUUUCGAAUGCGAACGCUUCCGCGUCAGGAACCUAUGAUCAGUGUGUGAGAUUUCCAGGGGGGCGGAUAAACUCUGCGCACACGCGUGGGAGCGAAGUAAACGUGUCUGCGUGCGAAACUUCAACGUUUAGCGCGUUAAAGUUUCCUGAAAUAUCUGACAGAUCUUUAGGAUUUUACACAGACAUGCGAGUGACAUCAUGAAGAAGAAGCAGUCUGUAAAGAGUACUGAUAGAGAUGAUGCUGGAGAUUACACGGUCGGUCAGGUGUCCAGCAGCCUGUUCCCAGACAAACACACAGCUGGAGCUUUAUCAUCUUUAUUCUCCUCCACAUCAUCUGCAAAUACUUUAGUCUUCGUUCCUGCACCGAAGACUGAAUCUAAAGUGUCUGAGAGCACUGAUGUCAAAGGUCAGGGUCACAUUCAGAAGCAGAAAUCGAAAAAGACUCCAAAGACGCUCUCGGCAGCUGAGAAGAAGCUACAGGACAGAGAGAGCGCUCUACAGAAUGCAGAUGAUGAAGGACAAACAAGUGCAAAGAAAGUCAAACUCAAGCGCGCUGAUGCAACGGAUGAAACGACAGAAGAGGCGUGGCCCGUCAAACACAGAAAGGCAGUGAAGAACAUGGCAGAGGAGCGAAUCAAAAAGAAACGAACGGUGUUUGUGGGGAAUCUGCCUCCCAGCUGCACGAAGAAGAUGCUGUUGUCUCUGUUCAAGCAGGCUGGAGCCAUCGAGUCGGUCCGCUUCCGUUCAGUGGUGCAAGAAGACCCAACUAUGUCCCGUAAAGUGGCAGCUAUCCAGAGGAAAGUCCAUCCAAAAAAACAGAAUAUUAACGCUUACAUCGUCUUCAAAGAGGAGGAAACCGCUGCUGGCGCUCUGAAAUGGAAUGGGCAGGAGAUUCAGCCGGGGUUUCAUAUCCGAGUGGACCGCGUCUCUCAGCACAGCGGACAUGAUCAUAAAAGGUCCAUAUUUGUGGGAAAUUUACCGUACGAUAUAAUGGAGCUUCCAGUGCGCGAACACUUUGAGGAUUGUGGGAAUGUGGAGGCGGUGCGUUUGGUGCGAGACCGAGAGUCUGGGAUGGGGAAGGGCUUCGGCUACGUCCUGUUUGAGAGCCCAGAUUCGGUGAUGCUGGCACUGAAACUCGACGGCUCCAAAUUACUAGAUCGAAACAUCAGGGUCAAACGAUCCGUGAAGAAGGAAAAAGAAAAGAAAACCCCUCCAGGCCGACCUUCAAGAUUCAAAGGGUCAAAGCAAGAAAUCAGAAAUAAGACGGGAGGCAAGAACUUCAAGACAAAUCCUGGCAAGAAACAAACACCAGCUUCAUCGUUCAAAGGCGAGAUGGCGGAUCCUACUGCCAAAAGAGGCAAAGGACUGAAAAAGAAAUUUAAGCACAAGAAUAAGAAACCAAAUGUUCAUAUUUAAUACUUGUACUUUUUACAAGUUUGGUGUUCUUAUGUCACAAGUAAAAAUGUGACUAAA